GCCGCUGUUGCCGCUGGUGCCGCUGCCGCCGCCGCUGCUCAUGAUCAUUAUUUUACCUUUUAAUUCUUUUUUUUUUCCGCUCUUGCCAAAUGCUUUGGCUCCAAGUUUCCUAUGUGUAUCUAUUGUUAUAAAUGUAUAUAUUUAUUUAUUCUAGCUGUCAGGUGUUAAAAUAAAUGCCGAAGAUUAGUCCCACGUCUCUCCCACUCUAGGAUAUAGAUUUUUUUAUAUUUAUUAUUUUUUUCUUGUUGUCUUUGAGUGAAUCGGCCGGUUUGGAGAGGCUUUUGCCACCCUCCCUUGUGUUGUUUUGGUUUUGGAAAAGGAGGUGGAGGAGAGGAAGGAGGGGAAUUAGGGGGCGGCCGGAGCAGAGAGGACGAGACAGUGUUUGGGGGGUGACUCGGGCCAGUCUGGGGGCUGUCUGGCCCCAGACGGCGGAGAGGACGCGCGCUCGCGCUCUCGCUCUUUCUGCUGCUGCUUGCGUACGGCUUGUGAUCUCGCUGGAUUCGUGCGGCUGUGUUUUCUCCCCUCUUUUCUCGCUGGCAAACUGCUUUCCUUGCUCCCUCGCUCCUGCCUCCCCUUCUCUCCCUCCCUCCUCCUUUCCCUCGCCUCUCCUUCCUUCCCCUCUCCCGUCCUUCUUGGUAACUCCGGGAGGCGAGGAGGGAGGCUGCCCGCUCGCUCGCCCCGCUGGCUCCCUUCCACCGGCCUCGGUCCUCUAGAUUCCCUGCCUCCGAGGAGAGAUUUGGGAGGAAAAAAUGCAAGCGAACUCCUCGGGUUUUUUUUUUUGUUUUGUUUUUUUCAUAAACCCAGAUGAAGUAUCGUUUCUACUAUUUCCUUUCAGAGCUGUGAUCUUCCUAAGCAGAUCGGAGUGUUUUGGUGUCCCCUUCUCCUGUGUUUCGGGGGAGGUUUAGCUUGCCUGGGGGCGGGGAUGUUGAAUACUUUGAAAAUUAUUCUUUCUUGGUUGCAGUCGAGGGAGCCGGGAACCCCCGCGCGCUCUCUCUCCCCAUCCUGAGGAGAGAGGCUGAUGGCGGGACAGGGAUUUGGGGGGUGGGUGAGAAAGGGGUGCGCGUUUGCACCUGCGGUACCGUUCAGCGUGCGGGGACUCCGGGAACCUUAACAGGACAGCCCAACCGAGAGGGAAGGUGGCGGGAUUUCUGGCGGUCGCGGUGUUUGUAUUUUGGACGCUGCGUGACUCGGUGUUAGCUCCCAAUGGCUGUUCCCCUCUUUCCUAAAUUUUAUUUUUCCCAUGGUGCAAGCUUUGUAAAAAGAUAACUGCCGGCCGGAGAGUAGCCGACGUCAGCGUUCAGAUUCCCGAGGUACUUGCACUGGGCGAGGGGAAAAACAAACAGCCCCAGCCCGCGUUCCUAUGUGCAAGACCCGGGAGGAGAGAAGGGCACUUUGUGGCCCUGGCUGGGGCACCCGGUGCGGGAGGAGGGGGCGCGGGCGCGAAAGGGAGAUCUUUGUGAGUGAUUUUGCAAAAAUGGAUUGCGAGGUUGGUUGGAUUUGCAACCUGUGGCUCUCCUCGAGGGAGUAGGAAUGGGGGAAGGCGGCGGCGGCGGCGGCCCGGGGCGGGAUCGGGUAGGGAGUUGGAGCCUCGGAAAUCGGCUGCGCUCGCGGGCAGCGGGAGCGAGGGGCCACCCCGCUGCCGGAUGUAGUGACCGUGGUAAAUGUCUUGAGAACUGUGGAUUGCGUUGCCUUUGUGAUACCGUCUUAUUGGAACUCUGGCGAAAAAUGGAACUAGUGUUGCAAUAAUGAGUUUUAAAGCUCCCUAAAGGAAAACAAGAACACAACCCAACAGAUUAAAAAAAGAAUGAAAACGACCCCUUUUAUGUUGUGCCCCUUGUCGCAAUGCUUAAGAGUUGGUGGUGGGGGUCCUGACAGCUGAGCAGGAGAAAUGACCCUAAACAGAGUGCUAAAAGUCCGGAGCUGUUACUGGGUCCCUGACCAUCUUAGCUGGUCAUCCCCCUCAGGAAACAGAUUUAAUCGUUUAUGGAUUUUCCCCCCAAUCAGUUUGUAGUUUCCAGGAGGAAAAUCUUGUAACGCUUUACUCUCUCUCCCUCUCUCUUUUUUACAGUGAGUGUCAGUAGAUGCAUUUUUGACUGUCCCGGAGAAAAAAAAGUGGGGCAGGAGAGAGGGAACCAGGGAAAGGGCUGUUUGGAAAUACAGUUUGUGGCUCUGAGCGAUGCCACUGGCUUCCUCUACAGAGACUGCCAGUUUCCCUUUUUCUUUGCAAGGUGUGUGUGGUUUUAAUAAAUAACUUAAAAAAAUGAGGGGGGCCGGCAAGAUCCGUCAGGAGACAGGUAUCUAUUUUGCUCACUAUUUACUACCAAGAGCCCUUGGCACUGGAACAGAACCUCGUAAAUCUGCAGCCCAAGUUGAAGUUCAUCUGGCCCUAGUCCACACGCUAUUCCUGGAGGUAGCAAACAUGAGCUCAAAGGAACGAGGUGAAAUCACAUUCUCGCUUUAAAAUAUAUACUUUUUUUCAAGGAGAAAAGAUAUUUGUCUCUAGGGGAGGAGGAAAUGGGAGGAGAGCACCAGGACAUGGGCAUUCCCGUGCUAAAAUGAUUGCAUUUGAGUUUUCAGGCCAAAAUAGAAACCGGGAGGUGGGAAAUAUCUCCCCCUCCCCCCGUUUAUAAAUAGAAGUUUCCAAUAUCCUAUUUGAAAGACUUUCCAAUUCUGCAGGCCCAAGCAUUGGCUGAUUUUAAGGGUCUGUUGAUAGUGACAAUAAGGCUAGAAGCUGUUUGUAGAAACUGGGCAAACUGAAGGAGAAGGCAGCCAGAAGAAGCAGGAAUUCUCCAAAUGGACUUUUCCUCUGCUGUGUUGAAGGGUUUCAUCUCGCGUUUUCUUGAAAAGACUGUCCAAUUUAUUCUGGGUUUGGUGGACACGGAUGGGACUCUAAACUCUUAAGCUGUCGUUUGUUGAGCCUUGAAGAGUUCCAGUUAUUGGUUGAGUAAAUGGUAGCCAUGACUAGAUGUCAAAAUCCUUCCUUCCCUCUCUCCCCUGCCGGGUAGCCACACUCUCAACCCACUUUGUUGUGAAAAACUUAGGAGAUUCAGAGGAGGUGCGGCAGCGCCACCCCUCGGUGGGUGAAACUCUAGUAUUUGCAAAAGUCAAGUAUUUGAAAAAGAUUGUGAAAUGACCUUAUGAGUUUUUUUUUCUUUAGGAAGGAGAGAGAAAACUAACUUUAAAAAAAAAGGACUUUACAGUUGAUCUCUCAAAUGGGUAGGAAAAAAAUUUCCUUUCUAGCUAGGAUGGUGUCAUAGGCGCAGUAGUUCGAAUAAGUGUGUGUGUGAGCGCGCGCGAGCCCUAGGGAGCGUUGACUGGUUGGCUUUAAGUAAAGCGAGGUCUACAGGCUGAGGUAGCCCUCCGUCCCCCUUGGAUUUGACUUCUCAGGGCAACUGAAUUCUGCUGCCUGUCUGACAUUGAGAUAUGGAAGAAUGUUUUGGUGUAAAAAACCAUAGUGUCUGGAAGUCCUGCAGUUUUGCUGGCGGCGAUGGUGGUGAAUGUAGGGCCGUAGAUUGGGGAGGGAGGUUUGUAGAUGGCGUGGGGCACUGGUAAGCCGGUCUCUUGCUGAGUUUGGAGCCCUCUGGGAGGCAAAGUAAUGUGGCGCGCACCGGUUUCCUGCACUGCGCAACAAGUGGGAACGCCGCCGCAGUGAUCCGAGCGAGGAUGCGGUGUUGUGGCAAAGCUGGCACGUUUCUCUUCUCUCCGCUGGAAGCCAGGAACGGCUCCUCCCAACCCUCCCCGCCUCCCUGUCUGAGUCGAGCAGCCCCUCCAAAGACCAUACUCGUCCCCCUGCCCCCACCCCCAGCUUGCCGAGCGCUGUAAACCUGGGUGGGACCCUGCCCUUGGCCUCUAGGGCCCCUUUUCUCCGUGGGGAUCGAGUUUAUUCCUGUGCUGUUCGACCAGUAUUUGGCAGGAACCGUCGAGUGCCAUUCUGCUUUUUGAAGACAAGUGCUCCCUUUCUUUCUCUUCCCAGUACAUCCAACCUUUCUGGCUGGAAAAAUCAACGUAUAAUAUGUGAACGCAACUCUAGAUACCGUGUUGUGGUUGCUAGAGGCGUGAGCAUCGUGAAGAACGGAAUUACAUCCAGUGAAUUAAACCUUUUCCAGCUUUGCCUGUGGAGGCAACCCUCACCCCCUAACAGGAAGAAAAAAAAAAAAAGUGGGGGGCAGUCGGAUGUGGAAGGCUGUGGCCGCGUGGUGAUUUUCGGAUGGACUGAGUCUGCCACCUAGUGGUAGGUCGUGGCCGAGUUCCCCGCCUUGGGCGGUGGGUCCACCGUGUCACUUUCGGGUCCCUAAGUAUUCCGACCAGGUGCUAGGACUGACAGAGAAAGGGCACCCUCCAAUGAGGAUGAUUUCCAACCUUCAAAGUUUUGGUAACAUGGAUGAAAAUUAGAAAGCCUCCGGAUGCUUGCCCCCUCCACGGUGGCUCUGCGACGGGCGUCUGCCUCCACUAAUAGAACCACAACAUAACCAGUUUUGAAUACACUAUCGCCCUGUCGCUGUGGCCUCUCCCCUGGGGAAGUCGGUGGUGGAACGAUGCCACGGGUCUCUAGAACAUACAGCUCUUUACAGUUGAGGAAAUAGGCCUGAUGAGAGGGGGCCUGUGAAUGGUGUUAGUGACCUAACCAGAACCAGAUUUUAAGCUUCUGAAUUCUGAGUCAGUUUAAGUCAAAGGCAAGUUUAUCUCCGCUCUUUUGAGGUAUCUAAGAGAAAGGAGCUGCACUCAUAGAGAGCCAUGAUUUUAGCCUGUUAGGUCGUCUCAGUUGGAAACAGGCACUUAGCUGUCUUGGAGGAAUUUGUUUAUAAAGUAUGGCGUAAGAUUUUCAGUAACAGACAUGAAAAGUCUACUGUCGUGCUGAGGGGUGGGAGUCUCAUCGUGGGUGGUGUGCGUGUAUUAGGAGGUGAUUAAGGCCUGGUCCCUAGACUUGUGCGGAUGCACCUCUCUGCGCCCGUGGCUCACAAUUGGAUCCUGAAAUCACUCUCUUCGUCUUCCAUCCAAACUUUGUUCGGUGGCUUGGCGAGCAGUCAGUUGUGUGGGGGGGUCAUAUGGACAGGCAGAGUGUAAUCCUCAUAGAAUUUGUGCCACAACAACUUCUUAGCAAAGUUUUCUUUCUCGGAGCUGAAAACUUUAAGAUGGCAAACUCGCGUCCGCGUGCUGGCGGCCCCUAGCGACCGCCGGCGCGCACACCCGCGGGAGACGCCGCCGUCUCCACCGCCCUGGUCUGCCGGAAUCGAGUUCAGCCUCUCCCACUGCGGGAACUGUUGGAGGCCGCGUCGGAGAAACGCGCCUCUGUUCGGGUUGGAAACGAAUCUGGGGACGUGUUUGAAGAGCGGUCAAGUUUGACUCAUCGCUUUCCAAGGACAGUUAGUGCCUUCCAUCUUCAUUAACGUGAAUAAAGACCUUGGCUGACUUCUGUCCAGAUCGGAUUUUUAAAGGCAUUGUUUGCUUGGGGAGAUCAUGCCGUUCCCCUCCCCUGCCAGCCUUUUUGCAAAGGCUGAACCCAGUCCAGCCAGGAUGGCCGAGAUAUCUUUGCUCGGGGACGUGGUUUGCUGGCAUUGUCUUCCGGCCCUUUCUGGAAGGCUGUCGCGAGCCGGGCGCAUGGGGAGCGUCCCUUCUGCAGCUCCUCUUCAGAUCUUGAUGAUAAAACACAUCCCUCUAUUUUAUUGCAUUUCCUAGAAGCUUGCAGGCUUGCAAGAACGCUGUUGGCAGGAAACGUGACAGAAAUGAAAGUCCGGACAUAAUGUCCCCCAACACCUCGGUCACUCAAAGCGACUGCCGAGGCCACCGCGUUAUCAAAUUCGCUUUCAUCUAUUGUCGUCUCCCCACCCUCCCGCCCCCCAGCCAAGAGCGCUAAGAGUGUUUCCCCCCUAGAACAAAAACAACUCCGCGGGUUCACCCUACUCCCUGCUGCCGGACCACUGUGUCUAGACCUGAGCAGCUAGUUAGCUGAGACGCUGCGGAGAAAGGGAGCGCUCCGGCCGGAGCCCUGAUGUGGGUUUCACUGCGACAGCUCCAGCCUUAUUAAAAUUCCUUCUCCUUGCCCCUAAACAUGCUUUGCACUUUCAGAUUCUCCUUUGGAUUUCUCAGCGAGUUAUUGGAGUUAUUAGAUUACCAAUAAUCCAAAAGCUGGCCAGGAGAGAGAAGAGGGGGGAAGGGCGGGAGGCGUUCUCCAAAUCUGGAGACUGUGUCUAAACUAGGUCAAUGGGAAGGAGGGGCGGGGCGACAAGGGGGUUGUCUGUUUCAAGCCUAGGUGGAGGGCUCUCUCUAGUGUUAGGCAGCGGUAAGACAUGAUCAGGUUUGAGCUCCCGGAACCAUGGGACUCCUAAUUUCCAAUAAGUGCAUUUACUUAAUUUUAACUUCCCUUCCUAGAUUCUCACUCCUUCCCAUAUUAAGUUUCAGCCUCUGCUUUCACAUUUAUCCUACGUGGUAAAGGGAUGGGAAAGCCUCAAAGGAUUUUAUGAGGCGGAAGAGGCCCAGUCUUUAUGGACCGGCCCUGACCCCGCCUCCGCCACUAAUAGGAUGCGCGGCUCAGCGUGACGCCACCCGCCAGUUUUAGGACCGCACUGCGGCCUGAGACGCUGCGCGUUUCUCGCCCCUUAACGCCUGUCCUUUGGCCCCCGAAAGCGCCUGUCGUACCCGGCUACUGAGACCCAUUAGGAGAUGGCGCCCAGGGCUUAUAAUUCCAAGGAAGGUCACGGGAAGACGAGGCAACCUUGGAGCGCGCCCGUGCGCGCGCUGGGGUCGGCGCCCAGGCCUCUGCCAAAUCCUAACCGUGUCUCUACGGUUUCGGAGAAAUCAGAUUCUCAAAUCCCGAAACCUGGCCAGGUUCGGCCUGGCAGCUCCUUAUUCUAAAGUCUUUGGGCGGAAACCCAGCCGAGCUGGGUUCCCCUUCGUGCCAACGUAGGCGGAAGGGGCUUUCGGUUUAGUUUUCCUCUAACCCGGCUGGGGCGCGCUGAGUGGAGACCCCAGCCUUAGGAACUCCGUAUUUUCGACCUUGACGCCUCGCCUAAUCACUCCUUUAAAAAGAGGGGAUGAGGGCCAAACAAAAAGAGAGAAAAAGGAAAAAAGACACGGUAUGCACCAGGCAAACAAACGCUGGAAUUGGGCAACUUGAAGUCAUGAAAUAAACCUCGGAUUGGCCCCGAAAUCCUGGGUUCUAGGCCGGCUCUGCUACUAAUUUGACUUCUCCCAUUUAUAAAAUUAUUGUGGGGCAAGGGUUGAACUAAGUGAAGUGUAAGAGUCCCGGACCCGGCGCAGACGAGGUUUUUAGGGGAAAGUGUGCCAUAUUCCCCGCGAGCCUCCCCGGGCGGCCCCCCCUUCUCGGGUGAAUCCCCGGAGGCCCGCGCGGCGCAGGCAGCGAUCCCGGCGGCCGUCGGGGCCGGCAGCUUCCUGGAAAGUUACUUCUCGUUGGAGCCGGCGAUAGGCAAAGAGUGUUCUGUGAAAUCCGCUGAGCUGAGAUUGACUACGUUCCGGGAAUGAGAGGGCUGUGCCGUUCCCCUCACUGCCCCCCGCCUUGACGGCGUAACAGGAAAAAGAAAGGCACACACAAUGUUAGCUACUGAGGUGCACGAAAAGUUUUACUUGAAUGUAACCAAAUUAAGGGCUGCCACGGUCAUACCACGGGGCCUCUGCCGCGCCUGCGGAGCCUUCGAGGCGGAUGGGCAGCGGUGCCCGCAGAGCGCCCGGGGGUGGGCGGUCUCUGGCAGACAGGUUUUAAGUGAAAUUUUGGACUGUGAAUCAAGGCAUUGGGUGAAGACAAAAUGACCUCGCCAGCUGACAGCUGUAUCCAGUUCACCCGCCAUGCCAGUGACGUUCUUCUCAAUCUCAAUCGCCUCCGGAGCCGUGACAUCUUGACUGAUGUUGUCAUAGUGGUGAGCCGUGAGCAGUUUAGAGCCCAUAAGACAGUCCUCAUGGCCUGCAGUGGCUUGUUCUACAGCAUCUUCACAGACCAGUUGAAAUGCAACCUUAGUGUAAUCAAUCUGGAUCCAGAGAUCAACCCUGAGGGGUUCUGCAUCCUCCUGGACUUCAUGUACACCUCUCGGCUCAACCUGCGGGAGGGCAACAUCAUGGCCGUGAUGGCCACAGCCAUGUACCUGCAGAUGGAGCAUGUCGUGGACACCUGCCGGAAGUUCAUCAAGGCCAGUGAAGCAGAGAUGGUUCCUGCCAUCAAACCUCCCCGUGAAGAGUUCCUGAACAGCCGGAUGCUGAUGCCCCAAGACAUCAUGGCCUAUCGGGGUCGUGAGGUGAUGGAGAACAGCCUGCCGCUGAGGAAUGCCCCCGGGUGUGAGAGCAGAGCCUUUGCCCCAAGCCUGUACAGUGGCCUGUCCACACCGCCAGCUUCCUAUCCCGUGUACAGCCACCUCCCGGUCAGCAGCUUCCUCUUUUCCGAUGAGGAGUUGCGGGAUGCCCGGAUGCCUGUGGCCAAUCCUUUCCCCAAGGAGCGGACCCUCCCCUGCGAUAGUGCCAGGCCAGUCCCUGUUGAGUACAGUCGGCCGGCCAUGGAGCUGCCCCACAGUGUGUGCCACAGCAACAUCUACUCUCCCAAGGAGGCAGCCCCAGAGGAGGCACGGAGUGACAUGCACUACAGUGUGGCCGAGGGUCCCAAGCCUGCUGCUCCCUCGGCCCGGAAUGCCCCAUACUUCCCCUGUGACAAGGCUGGCAAGGAGGAAGAGAGACCCUCUUCGGAGGAUGAGAUCGCUCUGCAUUUCGAGCCCCCCAGUGCCCCCCUGAACCGGAAGGGUCUGGUUAGUCCACAGAGCCCCCAGAAGUCCGACUGCCAGCCCAACUCGCCCACGGAGUCCUGCAGCAGCAAGAAUGCCUGCAUCCUCCAGACCUCUGGCUCCCCUCCAGCCAAGAGCCCCACUGACCCCAAAGCCUGCAACUGGAAGAAAUACAAGUUCAUCGUGCUCAACAGCCUCAACCAGAAUGCUAAACCAGAGGGGCCCGAGCAGGCUGAGCUGGGCCGCCUCUCCCCUCGAGCCUACACUGCACCCCCAGCCUGCCAGCCACCCAUGGAGCCCGAGAACCUUGACCUCCAGUCCCCAACUAAGCUCAGUGCCAAUGGGGAGGACUCCACCAUCCCGCAGGCCAGCCGGCUCAAUAACAUCGUCAACAGGUCCCUGACAGGCUCACCCCGCAGCAGCAGCGAGAGCCACUCGCCACUCUACCUGCACCCCCCCAAGUGCACGUCCUGCGGCUCUCAGUCCCCGCAGCACGCGGAGAUGUGCCUCCACACCGCCGGCCCCACGUUCCCUGAGGAGAUGGGAGAGACCCAGUCUGAGUACUCGGAUUCCAGCUGUGAGAAUGGGGCCUUCUUCUGCAAUGAGUGUGACUGCCGCUUCUCUGAGGAGGCCUCCCUCAAGAGGCACACGCUGCAGACCCACAGUGACAAACCCUACAAGUGUGACCGGUGCCAAGCCUCCUUCCGCUACAAGGGCAACCUCGCCAGCCACAAGACCGUCCACACGGGUGAGAAACCCUAUCGUUGUAAUAUCUGUGGGGCCCAGUUCAACCGGCCAGCCAAUCUGAAAACCCAUACUCGAAUUCACUCUGGAGAGAAGCCCUACAAAUGCGAAACCUGCGGAGCCAGAUUUGUACAGGUGGCCCACCUCCGUGCCCACGUGCUCAUCCACACUGGCGAGAAGCCCUAUCCCUGUGAAAUCUGUGGCACCCGUUUCCGGCACCUUCAGACUCUGAAGAGCCACCUGCGAAUCCACACAGGAGAGAAACCUUACCAUUGCGAGAAGUGUAACCUGCAUUUCCGUCACAAAAGCCAGCUGCGUCUUCACUUGCGCCAGAAGCACGGUGCCAUCACCAACACCAAGGUGCAAUACCGCGUGUCUGCCACUGACCUGCCCCCGGAACUCCCCAAAGCCUGCUGAAGCAUGGAGUGUUGAUGCUUUCCAUUCGAGCCCCUUCUCAGAAUCUACCCAAAGGAUACUGUAACACUUUAAGAUGUUCAUCCCAUGACGUAGUGCCUCUUUCAUCCACUAGUGCAAAUCAUAGCUGAGGGUGGGGGUGGGGGGAGGGGCGUGGGGACCGGGAGCCAAGGCAGCUCCCCUUCCCCCACUGCCGUAAAACAUUAAGAAAAUAAUAUUGCUUCUUCUCCUAUGUGUACGGCAAACCAUGUCAGCAAAAAGCAAAAUCAUUUUCGAUACCGAAGUUGGGGAGUACGCAAAAGUUCUGACUUGACUUAGUCUGCAAAAUGAGGAAUGUAUAUGUUUUGUGGGAACAGAUGUUUCUUUUGUAUGUAAAUGUGCAUUCUUUUAAAAGAAGAGAUUAAUGGUAUGUUAUGAAAGAGAGGGCUUUAAUUUUUUUAACCAAAGGUGAAGGAAUAUAUGGCAGAGUUGUAAAUAUAUAAAUAUAUAUAUAUAAAAUAAAUAUAUAUAAACCUAAAAAAGAUAUAUUAAAAAUAUAAAACUGCGUUAAAGGCUCGAUUUUGUAUCUGCAGGCAGACACGGAUCUGAGAAUCUUUAUUGAGAAAGAGCACUUAAGAGAAUAUUUUAAGUAUUGCAUCUGUAUAAGUAAGAAAAUAUUUUGUCUAAAAUGCCUCAGUGUAUUUGUAUUUUUUUGCAAGUGAAGGUUUACAAUUUACAAAGUGUGUAUUAAAAAAAAAAAGAACAAAAAAAGCUGCGGAAGGAAAAACGUGUAGUUUUGUUCUAGUUUUUGGUUUGUAUAUACCUGUACAACGUGUCCUACGGUGCCUUUUUUCAUGGAAGUUUUCAACGAUGGACGAGCGCGCCAUCCCUUUUUGAAGUGUAGGCAGACACAGGGACUUGAAAUUGUCACUAACUAAGCUCUCUUUGGGAAUGUUUGUCUCAUCACAUUCUGCGUCAUGCUUGUGUUAUAACUACUCCGGAGACAGGGUUUGGCUGUGUCUAAACUGCAUUACCGCGUUGUAAAAUAUAGCUGUACAAAUACAAGAAUAAAAUGUUGAAAAGUCAA